UAAAUAUGUUAUUGCAGGCACCUGUGGAUCGGAGCAAAUGGUCGCCGCUGUGUAUCCGAUAUACUUUGUUUCACCUGGUUACCCGUUUGUUUACCCAAACAAUCUUAAUUGUGUUUGGACAAUUGAAGCUGCUGCCGGAUAUCGAAUUGCUUUCACAUUUGUAUCGAUUGAUAUUGAAAACAUUGAUUCUUGUAACUUUGACUUCGUUAAAAUAUAUGAAGGUCCCACUGUUGGGUCUACUUUGCAAGGAAGAUACUGUGGUAAACAACCACCCUCUACGAUAUAUUCCAUGGAUAACUACCUGACAAUACAAAUGGUAACAGAUGGUAGUGUGGGGUACCCGGGGUUUAAUGCAUCGUACCAACAAGCUUGUGGGGGGUUUAUAAGAGGUGACGUGGGUGCCAUAACUUCACCUAACUACCCCAAUAACUACCCACCAAACACUUUCUGUGAAUGGACGAUCGUAGCCACCAUCGGAACCAACAUAUCUAUCAACUUUGAUCAAACAUUUGAUAUUCGUAACAAUGAUGAUCAACUAUGUAACAAUGGGGAUUAUAUUCAGUUGUUGAAUGGACGGCACGGCGAUUCCCCUCCUUUGGCACCAAACCACGGGGACGGAAAUGGAAAAUAUUGCGGCAACACUGCACCUUUGGAUCUUGCAACACUGGGCAAUGGUUUGUUCGUUCGAUUCAGUUCAAAUAGUAAGACAGCUGGUGGAGGGUUUAGAUUAACCUAUUCCUCACAAGAGGGAGCAUGUGGGGCAGUGCUUACGCUUACGGACCAAUUUACAGCGAGUUCAUUCACAUCUCCUAAUUAUCCAAAUGGUUACCCAACUGCCAUUGAUUGUUACUGGAUCAUCAGCGCUCCACCAACUGAGUCCGUUCAACUUGAUUUCACAGAUUUCAAUAUUCAGUCCCAUCCACAGUGCGACAAAGAUUACGUUCUUGUGAUAAACGGUCACACGGGAAACGAGGAAAUAUUGGGAAAGUUUUGCGGCACCGAGAUCCCACCCACUGUUAAAUCCACAGGGAGCGAUAUGACUGUUCGAUUACGAAGCGAUGAAGCGACAACUUUGGGAGGGUUUGAUGUGGUUUACAAGAUAGCUGAAUGUGGGGGAACACUGAUUGGUGUUGGGGGGGUUAUUAUGUCGCCCAACUAUCCAAUGGAUUAUCCAAACUCACAAAGUUGUCAAUGGGUUGUCCGUGGACCAGCAUAUCAUUUUAUCAACUUUGAGUUUAAUGCAUUACAACUCAACAAUACUGAGGGUGGAUGCGACGAUUAUGUUGAGUUCACAAGCUAUAAUUUCUCUUG